GAACGCCUCGCGGAGUAGGAGCUAGAAGCAGCCCGCGCCGCUCUCAUCUGUAGAGAGAUAUACUGUCUAAUCGAGACUCUUGACGCGUAUCCACGUAAAAAUAACAACUGCCAGGAUUUAGCUAACUAACAGGGAAAUCAUGCGAGACCGGACUCUGAGGUCCCUUCGAUAAUGACAACGUCAGAUAUUCGGUGGUCUUCUCUGUGGAGCACCAGAAACGCACGGCGCGCCUGAAGCAGCAAGGUUACGGGAAACAGCUGCCUUCUCUCGCACCGAGCGCUCAAGCCAGGAGAGAGGUAUUAAAGUCGAGGAAUACGAUAUUGCUGAUACAUGGAGGGAGCUGAAUUCAAGGAAAGCCUCAUCCAGUAGUCCUGUACAUACUCUGCAAUCUGUCGCUCCGUAGCUCACAUCCUCCGCUGCUGCCAUGUUCCGGAACAGUCUGAAGAUGCUGCUGACGGGCGGCAAGUCCAACAGGAAGAACCGCAACAGCAGCGAUGGAGGGAGCGAGGACCCAGGGGACGCCCACCGCACGGCCAGCCUAGACCCUCACCUCUACGCACUCACUGGGCAAGGUGGCAGUGUGGACAGCGACUGUGCGUUCGGGGAGCCGGACUACGCGGUGCCGCCGCCGCUGGCCAUGGCGGAGGGCCUGCAGCACGUGCGCAUGAUGGAGGGCGUGUCGCGCUCGCUGCCCUCCUCGCCGCUGCUCGCCCAUCAGCACGCCGGCGCUCGCCUGCCGCCCGGGCGCAAGAUCGUCGGAACAGCCCCCCUGCGGAAAGCUAAGUUUGUGGAGAGUCCUCGCAUCCCUGUGUCUGCACUCUGUUCCCCCACACACUACCCUGCUGCACAGAGCUUCAUCCUGGACACACACUCUUCUGGGGGGGUGAGUUCGGAGCUGGGCCCCCCCCCCUCGGUGGAUGAGGCGGCGAACACGUUGAUGACUCGCCUCGGCUUCCUGCUGGGAGACAAAGUGAGCGACGGGACCCAGGGCCCCGAGUACAGCAUGGAGGAGCCCGACGACGCACAGGGUGUGUGUGGGACCCAGAGGCUGAGCCCCUGCUCCACGCUGACCAACAGCACGGCGUCUCCUCCGGCCUGCAGCCCCUGCAGCACGCUGCCCCCCACCACCGCCGGACACACACACACACACACACUCACCAGCCCCACCUCCACCCUGGAGAGCAGGGACAGCGGCAUCAUAGCCACCCUGACCAGCUACUCGGAGAGCGGCGAUCGCAGUGGAGGCGGUAAGCACGGCGACGGUUCCCGCGGCAACCUGAAGAUGUGGCAGUCGCAGCGCUCCACGCUGGACUCGGGCCUGUACCGGCUGGACGAGAACAUGGCCGCCUCCACCCUCAGCCUCAACAAGAUCCCCGACCGCUCCCUGGGCGCCUCUGACCACGCCUACUCCUGCUCUGGCCACGCCUACUCCUCCUCCACCGCUCCCUACCUCACGCCCCGCCCCAACUCCGUAGCCGCCACCAGUUCGGCGCACCUGGAGGACCUGGCCUACCUGGACGAGCAGAGGCACGCCCCCAUGCGCACCUCCCUACGCAUGGCUGCUGCUCGCUCUGGACAAGACCUGAGGGGUGAUGGGCCCGACCCCUCGACCAAUCGCGGCGUGGUCAUCGUGGGCAGCAUCGGCUUUGGGAAGACGGCCAUCAUUUCCCGGCUGGUGGCGCUCAGUUGCCAUGGGAACAGAAUGCGGCAGAUCGCAUCGGACAGCCCGCAGGCCUCACCCAAACAUGGGGAUGGCGUGCCCCUCUCUCAGCCGCAGCCGUCUCAUGGAACACUGGGAGGCAGCUGCCCCAGCACCCCAGAGAUGAGGAGGAGACAAGAGGAGUCUAUGAGGAGACUAGCCUCUCAGGUGGUGGCGUAUCACUACUGCCAGGCGGAUAACGCCUACACGUGCCUGGUGCCUGAGUUUGUGCACAACGUGGCGGCGCUGCUGUGCCGCUCCCCUCAGCUGGGCGCCUACCGGGAGCUGAUGCUGCGCGAGCCCGCGCUACAGAGCACGCUCAGUCUGCGCUCAUGCGUCCAGGAGCCGCUCAACGCCUUUACCAGGGGGGUGCUGGAGCCGCUCAACGCACUGGCCACAGAGAGGAAGAUCAAUACUGACGAGGACCUGAUCAUCCUGAUUGACGGGCUGAAUGAGGCGGAGUUCCACAAGCCGGACUACGGCGACACCAUCGUCUCCUUCCUGGUCAAGACCAUCAGCAAGUUCCCCGCCUGGCUCAAACUCGUGGUGACCGUCCGCACGUCCCUACAGGAGAUCACUAAGCCGCUGCCGUUCCACCGCAUGUCCCUGGACGCUCUGGAGGAGCGGGACGCUAUUGACCAGGACCUGCAGGGCUACAUCCUGCACCGCAUCCACAGCAGCCCCGAGAUCCAGAGCAACAUCUCGCUCAACGGCAAGAUGGACAACGCCGCCUUCUCCAAGCUCAGCGCCCACCUCAAGGCCCUCAGCCAGGGCUCCUACCUCUACCUGAAGCUCACCUUCGACCUGAUCGAGCGCGGAUACCUGGUGCUCAAGAGCUCCAGCUACAAGGUGGUGCCAGUCAACCUGGCGGAGCUGUACCUGCUGCAGUGCAACAUGCGCUUCCCCACGCAGUCGUCCUUCGAGAGGGCUCUGCCCCUGCUCAACGUGGCCCUGGCCUCCCUGCACCCACUCCCCGACGAGCACAUCUACCAGGCGAUCAACUCGGGCAGCGUGCGCGGUCCGCUGGAGUGGGAGGACUUCCAGCAGCGCAUGGAGAACCUGUCCGUGUUCCUGGUGCGGCGCCGCGACGGAACCCGCAUGUUCGUGCACCCGUCCUUCCGCGAGUGGCUCAUCUGGAGGGAGGACGGAGAGAAGACCAAGUUCCUCUGCGACCCCAGGAAUGGCCACACCCUCCUAGCCUUCUGGUUCUCAAGACAGGAAAAUAAACUCAAUCGCCAACAAACCAUCGAGCUGGGACACCACAUCCUUAAAGCACACAUAUUUAAGGGCCUGAGCAAGAAAGUUGGGGUCUCCUCGUCCAUCCUGCAGGGGCUGUGGGUUUCGUACAGCACAGAGGGCUUGUCUACCGCACUGUCCUCACUGCGAAACCUCUACACGCCGAACAUCAAGGUGUCUCGGCUGCUGAUGCUGGGCGGGGCGAACGUGAACUACCGUACGGAGGUGCUGAGCAACGCCCCGGUGCUGUGCGUGCACUGCCAGCUGGGCUACGCCGACAUGGUGGGGCUGCUGCUGGAGUACGGCGCCAACGUCCACGCCACCUCGCAGAGCGGCCUCACCCCCCUGGCACACGCCGCCGCCGCAGGGCACCUCAACAUCGUCACCGCGCUCUGCCGCCGCAAGGCCAAGGUGGAUCACCUGGACAAGAAUGGCCAGUGUGCCUUGGUGCACUCGGCCCUGCGCGGACACCUGGACGUGGUCAAGUUCCUCAUCCUGUGCGACUGGGGCCACGGCAGAGGUCAACAACAACAACAACAUCAACAACAACAACACCCCCAGACGCAGCAGCAGGGAGGAUUCACCAAGAGCCAGGCCAUCCAGCAGGCCCUAGUGGCAGCAGCCAGCAUGGGAUAUGCAGAGAUCGUGUCCUUCCUGCUUGACCUGCCAGAGAAGGACGAGGAGGACACAGACCGCGCUCAGAUCAACAACUACGACACCUUGUGGGGAGAGACAGCCCUGACGGCAGCAGCUGGGCGGGGCCGGCUGGAGGUGUGUCGGCUGCUAUUGGAGCAGGGGGCGUCGGUGAGCCAGCCCAACCGCAGAGGAGGCGUGCCUCUCUUCAGCUGCGUACGCCAGGGACACUGGGAGGUGGUUGACCUGCUGCUGACCCACGGGGCGGAGACCAACCUGGCCGACAAGCAGGGCCGCACGCCCCUCAUGAUGGCAGCCUCCGAGGGGCACCUGGCCACCGUGGAGUACCUGCUGGCACAGGGUGCUUCCCUCCCUCUGACGGAUAAGGAGGGGCUUACGGCCCUGAGCUGGGCGUGUCUUAAAGGCCACCUGCCUGUGGUUCGCUGCCUGGUCGAUAGGGGCGCGGCCAUGGACCACACUGACAAGAACGGACGAACGCCAUUGGACCUCGCCGCAUUCUACGGGGACUCAGAGGUGGUGCAGUUCCUGGUGGACCAGGGAGCGCUGAUCGAGCACGUGGACUACAGCGGGAUGCGUCCUCUGGACCGAGCCGUGGGCUGCAGGAACGCCUCCGUGGUGCUGGCGCUGCUCAAGAAGGGCGCCAAGAUCGGUCCUGCCACGUGGGCGAUGGCAACCUCCAAGCCCGACAUCAUGAUCAUCCUGCUCAGCAAACUUAUCGAGGAGGGGGACGGCUUCUACAAGAAAGGGAAGGUGAAGGAGGCAGCGCAGCGCUACCAGUAUGCCCUGAAGAAGUUCCCCCGUGAGGGCCUGAGCGAGGACCUCAAGGCCUUCAGAGAGCUCAAGGUCUCCCUGUUCCUCAACCUGUCGCGCUGCCGCAGGAAAAUGAACGACUUCGGGAUGGCUGAGGAGUUUGCCACCAAAGCCUUGGAGCUGAAGCCGAAGUGCUACGAGGCGUUCUACGCCAGAGCCCGCGCCAAGCGGAGCAGCAGGCAGUUUGCCGAAGCACUGGAGGACCUGAGAGAAGCCAUGCGCUUGUCUCCGAACAACCGCGAGAUCCAGCGUCUCCUGCAGCGUGUGGACGAGGAGCACCAGCAAACCAUCCAAUCAGAGGAGCCCGAGCUAGCCCCGCCCCCCUCUCCUCCCCGGUCGCCUCCCCCACCAGAGGAACGCGAGGAGCCCGCACUUCCUGUGCACGUCCCGCCCCCUGAGCCGCGAUUGGACGACAUGGAGCCCGUGCAGGACCUGUUUGAGGACGACUACCUGGAGCAGGAGCUGGAGAACGCCUCCAUUGGUCUGUCCAGCCUGCCAAUCAUCCAGAGCCCGCCCCUCUCCCCCGCCCCCCACCACCACCACCACCACCACCUCCACCACCAGUACCACCACCACCCCUCGCACCACCCCGACGCUCUCCCCGUCUACCUGUCGGGCGGUCAGGGCCAGGGCGGCUUCGACUUCCACGCGCACCCGAGUCACUCGUCCAUGUCGUCUCCGACGCGCCACAGCUACCAGUCGGCAUCGCCGCCGCUCUCGCCCACCCACCAGAACUCCCACCACCCGUACCGGACCGGCUCGCCACCGCACACAUCGCACACCUCGCCCGACCAGCACCCGUACCGCUUCAGCCCUCCGCCGCCGCCGCCCCACGACCCGUACCCGAGCCCUCCGUCCUCUCCGCUCCGUCGAAACGCCCCCUACCGGGCGUCGCCGCCGCUGCCUGAGAGCGUGUGCCUGUACCGCUCGCAGUCGGGCUCGCCCGUCCGCUACCAGCACCAGGAGCCGCCCAUGCCGCCGAUGCCGCCGAUGCCCGCGCGGCCCAAGUCUCCGCUCUCCAAGAUGGGCAGCCAGCGCUCGUUCCAGCUGCAGUCGCAGGCCUCGCAGUGCUCGCAGCAGCAGCAGGCGUCGUCGUCGUCGUCGUCGGGCGGGCACCAUCGGCUGCAGCCGUCCAUGGCGCAGAUCGUCCGCACCAACCAGCAGGGCAACGGCGGGUACGGCGGCGGCGGGCACGGCCACGGGCAGCUGUCUCACCCGCUCAGCAGCAGCCGCUACCACGGCGCCUCCAUGGACGAGAGGGGGUUAGUGGACGAGCGUGGACGUUUGGUGUACCAGCCCUCGCUGGACGGGCGAGCCAUGCCGCCACCGCCGCCGCCACAGCAGGUGCAGUCCAGCCUGAGCGCGGGCGCCCUGUGCCAACACGGCGGGCGAGGAGGAGUGCCCGGCAGCGCCAUGGGCGUCCUGGAGGGGGCGCUGAUGAAGGACGAGCUGAGCCCCCAGCAGCGACCGGCCUCCGCGUACCGAGGAGGUGGAGGAGGAGGAGGAGGUCUGCGGUUCAGCCAGACGCCGCAGAUCAGCCGGAGCCAGUCGGCGGCGUACUACCCGGUGUCGGAGCGCGAGCGCGAUCGCGAGCGCGUGGUGGCGUCCGGGCUCCAGCUGGGCUCGCCCGAGAUCCCGCCACACCUGGGCCUGCGCCGGCCCGUCAGCGCCAGCCCCGGCGAGCUGCCGCUCAAUAAGCCCCAGCAGCAGCAGUCGGCGUCGCCGCGGCCGCUCAUCCACUCGCAGAGCGUCAGCAUGCGCUUCUCCCCCUCCGGCGGCAACCUCUCCUCCUCGGGCGCCGGCUGCAAUCUAGCCCCAGGCUUCCGGCCGGCCUCCUCCUCCAUCGGCCAGAUGGAGAUCCCGCUGCAGGCCGCGUACGACCGCGACGAGCUGUCCGCCGCCAUCUCGCCCUCGCAGGGCGGAGGAGGAGGAGGAGGAGGAGGAGGGCUGUACGGGGGCGAAGGCUCGCGCUCGCGGAGCACGCCGUUCAUGGGCAUCAUCGACAAGACGGCGCGGACUCAGCAGUACCUGCACCAGCCGUCGCCGCGCGGCUGGGCCAUGAGCUCCAUGGACAGCGGCCUGGGCGGCAGCGGCGGCAUCUCCAGCCCCACGUCGCCCGGCAACCUCAUCCACCAGUCGUCGGUGGCGUCGGUUGCCGCGGCGGCAGCGGCCGCCGCCUCCUCCUACAGCCCGCCGGCGUCUCUCGGCAACAUCGCCUACUACAACAAGACCAACAACGCGCAGAACGGGCACCUGCUGGAGGACGAGUACUACCACCACGGCAGCCAAUCGCAGCCCUCCUCGCUGGGCAAGCUGGCCAAUGGGAGCGCCCGCGAGCGCGACCUGCUGGAGCGCGUCAGCCAGGGCCCCACCUACCAGGACGUGAAGGUGGCGCGGACGCUGCCCGUGGCGCAGGUGGCACAGGUGGCAUACCAGGAGAACAUGUUCCGCCAGCUGUCCCGCGACGCCCGCCAGGCGCCCGCCUCGCCCAUCAAACCAAAGAGACCCUUCGUGGAGUCCAACGUCUGACGGCACACCACCCCCUCCGGGGCCUGAGAGUGUGUGUGUGUGUGUAGGUGUGUGUGUGUGUGUGUGUGCACACGGAGGGGCUCAGGGGGGAAAGUGUGUGUGUUUGAGAGAGAGAGAGAGAAAAAGAAAGAAAGAAAAACCAGAGAGAUGGGUGCGUGUGUAGCUGUGAGGAGUCAGGGGUAUAAAAGGUUGUUACUUUUUUAUUUAUUAUUUUGUUUACUUAUUUUUAAUAACAAAUGAUGGACAUGUAGGAAGAAAGACAUGUCAGGCAGCGAAAUCAGUUGACCCAAUAGAAGGACCGGGCCUGGAUUCUGGACAGAACCAGACGCGUCUCAGGUGGUCGCUGGACUCUAGAGGACGUACUCAGUAGUCAGGACAGCCAGAGCUGUAGCCUCUGUAUACAUAACUUUAGUCAAAAGCUUCUCGUCCGUGGCUUAUGCUAUAGUAUGCUACUACUACUGGAUACUGUAUUCAAACCGCAAAUCACAACCUCAUACUCGACAGUGUGAAAGCACAUCUAGACAUAACCUCAGUGCAGAAACGCAGACCUAAAGCAUUAUUACUGAGAGAGAGAGAGAGAGAGGGAGGAAGAGAAAGAGUAGUAUGAGUGGGCCAGUGAAAGAGUGUAGAUUGUGUGAAUGUGUGUGUGUGUGUGUGUGUGUGUGUGUAUGUAUGUCAGUGUGUGUAUGUCAGUGUGGUGGUUUGGAUGUGUUUUUGAAUGGGAACGUCGCAGUGAGGAUAGUCCAGACUUUUCUCUUUUAUUCGAACACCUACCGCACGUGCGGUCAAAGACUCGGACUGAACUCAAGGCUCUGCUGAAGCUAUGGCAGGAUUGUUCAAUACUGUAAAGAAGAGAUACUCUACGAAAGCUGUACUUAAAGAAAGCCACCAGAGAAAUAUUUAUAAGUCAGUUCUAUAAUGUAUAGAAAAUACAGUAUAAAUCCAUGUAUAAGCAUAGCAUUUGUUUUGGUCUUCUGUUUUUUUUUUUUUAAAGCUGGAAUGGAGAGGAAUGAGGGCAUCUACUAACUUUCGACGUUUCUGGUCAGCGAAAGAAAACGGAUCCACGCGAAGGACUUUGAAUAUCUGCUAAAGUCAAUGUUUACAACCCAGAGAGAGAUGAACAUUUGGAUUGGUUGUGGACUGAGUGACUGAUAUUGUUCAAGAAGUGACUACUGAUUCAACCAUCUUAUGAGUCGACUGCUACUGCGCGUAUAUAUUUUAUAACAGGUGUGACAGACGUUUGAGAUGUUGUGCUCUAACAGUCUCACUUUGUGGUGGGAUACAUUUUAGCUAAUUUCUUUAGAACAUACUGCAAAGCAGAGAGAGAUCAUGUCCAAAUGGGAUUGGAAAUGGGAAAAAUGAGAUUUAGGUCAUAGCACAUUGUGGUUUACAUGUAGACUUGAAAGUGUGGAGAUGCCCUUCUCACAAAGUGAAGUAAAACGGAGAGGAGUGUUUUAGAAGAAAAGAAGCUAAAAUAUAUAUUUUUGUUCUUUAUGUUACUGAUUAUUUUAAUUAAUAGUUUUUGUUGUUAUUAUGAUGACACAUUUACUGCACAAUGUUUCUGUGAUGUUUCUUAACCAAGAGCACUUUAUUGAUUUGACGUAGUAGGUUCGGAUUGUUAACCCUUUGGUAGGGCCAGGGAGUUUUGAACUCUGCGCUUUGUAGAUGUCGAUGGACGGAGGUCCCUGCCAAAACAGCAGUUCAGAAGAAAUUAAUUUGUGUGUAGGUGUCCUUUUUAGUAACUAGCCAACUGUACUUGUUCUUGGUGCAAUUAUGAACUCUGAAACAAACAAACGAAUGAAUGAGUGAUGUGAGUGAGUGAGUGAGUGAGUGAAUGUCUGAGUGAAAGAACAAUAACUUUAAGGGAAAAAAGCAAACUGUUUGUAAAAGUAUGAACAUGUGUAUAUAUAGAGAGAGCCUUUCUAGAGCACAUUGUAACUGCUGUACAUAAAAGCCAGCCAACAUGAAGUUUAUCCCCAGAGUGACCGACGUCCACCUCCCUGUGAGCGCUCAGCGGAGGCUUCCUUUCCUUUUCCUUUUCCCAGCAAACCGCUGCUGACAGUCCGAGGCACCCAUUGGGCAACACUUCCGUCCAGUGUUGCUUCUGAUCCACACGCAACAGAGUGCUGUGGAGCAGGUCUGGGCUAGAGCUAGUGAGGUCUCAGAGAGACCUGAGUAGGCCUCAAGCAACAAGCUAAAUGAUCUACCAUUGAAUGAAAGACAGAAGAGAGAGAGAGAGAGAAGAGAGAGAGAGAUUGCUUGUUUGCGUGUGUUUAAAGUGUGAACGUCAAACAGGCUAGUUAGAUGUCUGUAUGGGUUCCCAGAUGUCUGAGGGAGGAAAAUGACAUUGAAUGGAUGUCUUCUGGACCUGGCAAAAUAUUAUACAACUAUAACUCAUGUCAUGAUUGAUAGUGGAAGUGUGGAAGGCACUGAACUCAAAUAAUUUCAGUGCCGUUGCGGCCCAUGAGUAGAAAUGCAAUACAGCUCUGAGGAAGGUUGGAAGGAAGUAAAGCGUUUUACAUAAUCAGGAAAUUAAGUAUUAACUACGUUGCAGGGCACGACUUGGGUAGACAGGCGCACUUAGUAACCAUGGAAACGGAAAACUCUGCCGAUUUGUACUUCCAUGAGCUCAGUAAGGUCUCAACAGGACCCCAGCUGAUCUCACCACAAAUCACACACACACACUCACACAAACAGUCACACAAACAUGCAGGCGACUCUCGGAACAUGGCGGCGUGGAAGAAACCUUCUGGGAGGUUCUUAUGACCGUACUUGUUUUCUUUUUCUCCCCCUUUUCUUUCACAAUUGUACAUUAUUUUUGCUGUAAAUAGUCAGAUGCAUGCUUAGUCUCUGCUCUCUACUGCUCCCAGGUUGGAAAAUGAACAAAACAACUCGUGUGUGUGUGUGUGUGUGUGUGUGUGAGAAAUAAGCCAGCUUUCUCCCUCUGCACAGCUAGCUAUAUAAUAUACAAUCCGAGUGAACUGAGGAAUAUAAAAUGCCCUCAUUUGUCAGUCUGGUACCAUUGAUACAAAUAGGUGCCCCCCCCCUUCCUCCCCAUUCAUUUCAUCUGUCAACUAAACACACACACACACACACACAGAGAGAGAGAGAGAGAGAGCGAAAGAGAAACUGGGGCAGCUUCCGUUAAUUUCCCUUCAUUUUGACUUUUGGUUUUGGAGCUCAUUGUAACUGCUUGCUGGACAGAGUUCUCUUGUCUGUACACGUGAGCUUUCUGAGCGCUGUGACACAACAAAACAAAACAAAACAAAAAAAAGUGAAAGAAAAAAAAUCAGUUUAACAGAAACCAAUAAAACCGAAUGUGUUUUUAUCAUGUGA